AUGGCAGGACCGCAGAGCCCCAAACCCCCCGCACCCGCCAUCACCAUUUCCACCAACCGCGUCAGUCAGCCCAGCAGCAGCAGCAGCGCCAGCGGCAGCAGCAGCAGCUCCUCCAGCAGCCACCGCCGCUUCGUCGGCGUUCGGCAGCGUCCGUCGGGGCGGUGGGUGGCGGAGAUCAAGGACUCGGCGCAGCGCGUCCGCCUCUGGCUCGGUACCUUCGACACUGCUGAGGCCGCUGCGCGCGCCUAUGACGACGCCGCCCGCACCCUCCGCGGCACCAACGCCCGCACCAACUUCAACCCACCCCUCUUCAAUCCAAACGUCGCACCCGAUUGCAACCGCUUCAGGUUCUCUCCCUCCAAGGCCCGGCUGAGCAAGAGACUUCACAGCCGCACGUCGUCCGAAGCCAACUCGUCUGAGACGAGGGUGAGCGAUCAACUCACCUUCGCGAGCGUCUUCCGUUGCAGGAACAACGAGUACAGCUUCCUCAGCGGCACGAGUGCAGAAAAGGUGGUGGUGCAGCCGAGCUUUGUGGUUCCGCCUAGUGCUGAAGAGCUGCAGGUCGGAUGGAGCUCUUCGGAGCUCUCCGGAGCUUAUUCGCCGCACGGAAUCGGCUUUCGGGGCUUCGAGAUAUCAGAGUGUACGAACGGAAGCAAGAGGUUCAAGGUGGCUUCUUCUGUUGUCGUUCCUCCUACGUUCAGUGCGUUGGCGCAUGAGCCAUCUGGUGAGAGCUAA